AUGUUCUUUCUGUCUCCGUUGCCAGAUUAUGCAGAUCUGAGGGACUGCACCAAGGACGCCGCCCUCAGCGACGGCGACCACGUCGCGGCCGGCGCCUGCCGUCUACUGGGGCCUCACGCCGAGGUCGGGACGGGCGGCGCCGGCGCGCGCUGUGACGACAUCCGGCCUCCGGCGCUCAAAGGCCACCUGGCGGCAGAGGCGGAGCUGAAGCACUGUACACUGUGUGGUGCGGGGUACCCCGCCCUGCACCGCCGCCGCGCGGGCCACCCCGCCCUGCACCGCCGCCGCGCGGGCCACCCCGCCCUGCACCGCCGCCGCGCGGGCCACCCCGCCCUGCACCGCCGCCGCGCGGGCCACCCCGCCCUGCACCGCCGCCGCGCGGGCCACCCCGCCCUGCACCGCCGCCGCGCGGGCCACCCCGCCCUGACCGCCGCCGCGCGGGCCACCCCCCCCCUGCACAGCCGCCGCGCGGGCCACCCCCCCCCCUUGCACCGCCGCCGCGCGGGCCACCCCCCCCCCUGCACCGCCGCCGCGCGGGCCACCCCGCCCUGCACCGCCGCCGCGCGGGCCACCCCGCCCUGCACCGCCGCCGCGCCGGCCACCCCGCCCUGCACCGCCGCCGCGCGGGCCACCCCGCCCUGCACCGCCGCCGCGCCGGCCACCCCGCCCUGCACCGCCGCCGCGCGGGCCACCCCGCCCUGCACAGCCGCCGCGCAGGCCACCCCACCCUGCACCGCCGCCGCGCAGGCCACCCCACCCUGCACCGCCGCCGUGCAGGCCGCCCCACCCUGCACCGCCGCCGCGCAGGCCGCCCCACCCUGCACCGCCGCCGCGCAGGCCACCCCACCCUGCACCGCCGCCGCGCAGGCCACCCCACCCUGCACCGCCGCCGCGCAGGCCACCCCACCCUGCACCGCCGCCGCGCAGGCCACCCCACCCUGCACCGCCGCCGCGCAGGCCACCCCACCCUGCACCGCCGCCGCGCAGGCCACCCCACCCUGCACCGCCGCCGCGCAGGCCACCCCACCCUGCACCGCCGCCUGCAACCCCGCCGUCGCGAUCCUCGGCAAGUUGCCAGUCACGACGCUGCUUCCUAUGCGCGUCGACCACAGGCUGGCGUUCUAUGCGACUCAACAGGAUGGCAUCGAGAGACCAUCUGUUACUGCCUGCUGGCCUCCAACAGUUGCCCAUAUACGUGCGAGCCAUCACUCAGGGUAA